AUGUGCCGUCUCUCUCGGUUACUACAGACGGAUAGUUUCUUAUCCAUUGACGAGAUCAAACAGCGGGCCGUUGGUAUCCUUCAAUCGCCACUGCUGCAAGUGGCAAUGACGUACCCGGAGCGAAUUGUACUCCAACUCGGUCCUACGAUUGACAUUGAGGCAGCUGAAGAGGAUCGGCUAUAUUUGGGUGGAGCAUCGCGCUGCGAAGUCCACGAGGUUCUUGGGGUAAAGUUCGUGCUUUCGGACGAGGAGGUGGCACAGCACCUGCGGUCGCGGAGCGGUAGGCUUAGUGACUUAACCGACGAGCAACUGCGUGAGGAGCGGGUGAAGCUCAAAGAGCUGCAACCUUUGCGGCGGCAAAAAUUUCGUCGAGCUAUCGUUCGGGAGGAGUUCCGGCGUCGCUACCCACAUGGGAACCCUUUCUUGAACCCCGAUGUUGUGGCCUUGCAUAUUUAUGAUCAAAUGGUGCCGGGUGUGUGGGUAAAUAGUGCGACCUUGCGUGAGACGUUAUUACCAGAUGGUGGAAAAGGCGCAAUGCAUGUUGGGGUCGAUUUUUUUGAUAAAUAUCCUCACCUGUUUAUUACACAAAGUGUCACCACAACUUCUGUUAACGUGAUGCGUCGGGAACAGGACAUGGAAGAUGUUCAAAGUGAUGGGGAUAAUUGGAAUAGCAUGGUGUUCCGGGACGAAGACAUUCUGUUGCUUCUACUGCCGCGUCUGAGCAACAAGAGGGAUGAUUGGGGCGACAACAAGUGGAUUGAGGUGCUCACAGCGCUCUUGCCACGCCAUGUGUUCAAGUACAUGCAGCGUCGAAGGGGGGGUGCAGUGGGCUGUCUUGAGACCAUACUUCGUCGAUACCCUGAGGCGUUCGAAGUCAUGGAGGUGGCGCAAACCAACUGCAUUGAAAAGCCGCGUGUGAAAGUGCGAUUGCAUCAAGAUGGAAUCAUGAGACUCGGGCCGAAGCUCUUAAAUGAGUUGCAUGGUGCAGGGAAAGGUGAGGAUUUGGUACAAGAGAAGGAAGAGCAAGAGAGUAGUGGUGUUGGUGUUGGUAUUGGUGCCGAAGGCGUCAGUGAGGUACCGCACCACUGA